AGUCCUACACGCUGCUCUUCCAACUAUUUCAUAUUUGAGAACUAGUCUUAAAAGGUUACCUUUCAGAAGUGUCAUUCUUUGGAAUGAGUUGUAAACGCAAACAAAAUGAUAAGACCUCACCUGACGAUGUUAAAAAGGAGAAACACUGGCAUGUUGGUAUCAACAACUCUCUUCUCAACGCCUCAACCAAAACUGCACUGCAGAAAGCGUGGAUGGAACGCACGAGUUGCAAACACGGGGAUGUAGAGUUGGACUGCAGUCCGUUUCCUCACUGUGUGAUUAAUCAGUUCCUCUCCACUGAAGAUUUUGUGUUCAACCUGGAGAAAGAGCUAUCUCAGCUGAACUUCCACAGCAAGAGUAAUGAUCUCUACAAAUUCACACAGUCUGCUGAUUUAAACAACAGGAUGGAGCCGUGUAUCACAGAGUUGAGGUUGGUGUUGUUAGGUCAAUUCCGCACCUGGUUAAGUGAGUUGUUGGAUGUGGAGCUAGAACCAACUGUGGACAUUUUCUGUGCCAAAUAUCAACACACAGAUGUAUUAUUGUGUCAUGAUGACGAGUUGGAAGGCAGAAGAGUGGCCUUUAUCCUAUACUUGGUACCACCAUGGGAACUAUGUGAUGGUGGAGCGCUAGAUCUGUUCUGCACUGAUGAGCUUGGGCAGCCAAAAAGUGUAGUGAAAUCUCUUGUCCCCAGCUGGAAUACAUUGGUAUUCUUUGAAGUAUCACCCGUGUCAUUUCAUCAGGUUUCAGAAGUCUUGUCAUCCGAAAAGUGCCGUAUGUCCUUAAGUGGCUGGUUUCAUGGACCCUCUCUUCCAAGAUUACCUCAGCACAUUGAAUCUCCUGCUCUUCGUCACAAAUAUGCCCCGGGUGAUGAUAAAAUACUACACAAGUGGAUCAAUCAGAAAUACAUGAAAGAGAGUUACCAGAUUCAAGUCCAGCAGGAAUUUGAAGAGAACUCAGAGAUUUGUAUACCAAACUUUUUACAGAAGGAGAGAUUCCAAGCAGUAAGAGCUGCUCUGCAAUCAGCUGAGAUUCAGUGGCUGAUAAAAGGUCCAGCUAACAAGAGGCACUAUGAAUAUGCUGAAUUGUGCUCAUUGCCUCAGUGUGUGCAAGAGUGUUGGGAGCUGUUCUCUUCUGAGGCUUUCUACCUGCUGCUGUCUAACCUCAGUGGAUUAAAACUACAUCCACUGGCCAUAGACAAUGACAGUGAUGAUGAUGAGGAAGAUGAUGAGGAAGGAACUGAGGAAAGACGAGAAGAGUGUGAGGACAAGAAAGGACAAAAGAAGAGUACAGAUGGAACUACAGCUACCUGUGUAGGUGAAGUAAGGAGAUGGAGACGUGGCUCAUACACCCUACUUCAUGACUCUGAGAGUAGCAGGGAGUUUGGGCUGGACCUGCUUCUCACACUUGGAUGUUUUGGCUGGCAGCAGGAUAAUGGGGGUUUCACUUCGUACAUUGCUCAUGGAGAAGAUGAGGAGCUCUUGACAGUGAUUCCUGAGGACAACUCUCUGGCAUUGGUCUACAGAGACACAGAUACUCUGAAGUUUGUCAAAUACGUCAAUGACAGAAGCUCUUCUCACAACCACCAAGAGCCACCAGGAACGUUCUAUGACUUCUCAUUUGUUUAUUAUGAGUAAAUAAGACGUUGAAACAAUGGUAUUAAGUGCUGAUUUCAAAUAUUAAUGGUGUUGGGUGAGUUGGUCUAGUGAGGUAUAAAAUGUCCCCUAUGCAGCAUAUCCAAUACUGUUUGCCCUUACAGUAGUCAAAGAAGAUAUGAAAUUGUUUCAUUUAAUGUCUAAUGUAUGUCCAGUUCAAACUGAAGUAGCCAUACUUCAUUUAAUUAUUUAGACUCAGACACCACUUUGCCACAUUGUAAUGUUGUACAUAAACAAAUAUGGAUUUUUUCCUCCUUUUUUGUUUGCUAAUUAUGGCCAUUGUCACAUCCAGUUUCCAUUGUUGAUUCUCAUUUUAUGUGUGUUUAUACAGAUAGAAAAUGAAUGGCCGUUAUUAUAUACUCUAUCAGAAAUUUGAAAUUGAAGAUUCCAGUGAGCUCAACCCUCUCAUUCUUCGGGAUAUUUUCAGAAAGGUUAUGUUAAAUAAUCACUUGCAACACUCUCGGUAAGCCUGUGUAGCCCAAGCGAAUCGGUGCAUAGUAACAUGAUGGUGGUUUUAAAUGACCAGUCAAGUCACUUGACAGUGAAUUUAGCAUGAUGAGGGCAGACAUUUCAGUUAAAAAACUGCAGUCCCGCCGCUCCUCCGUGAGCGCUUAGUUUCCUGAAUUAAGUUUCCCAUUAAUUUCUCCAGUCUACAUCUAGAAAAAUGUGAAUGAAGAGUUUUAGACCAUGCAUAGGCUACCCAGCUACAACGUGACUUGUACUCAUACAACAUAUCAUUUCCAGCAAAAAGACAGAAG